AUGGCUUCUCGCUCAUCACCGUCGAAGAUUAACAUUAAACCUGAGUAUUGUCGAGAAGCUCUCAUUGAAUGGUAUCGCUUAGCGAAAUUAGGAGACCACAAAGAGAGCUUUCAUAAAAAGGAUUUGGUUUUGAAAGCAAAACAACAUCUUCUUUUUUUAGGUUGGAAAGUUCAGUAUAUUAACAAAAAGUAUAGAUGGAAAAUGUGUUAUACUUCUCCGACAAAUGGAAAACACUAUUUUACUCUUAGAAGAGCUUGCAAGAAUUGUAUUAAAGACGAAGGUUAUUCUGUGAAUCAACUUUCAACUACACUACAAGCAUCACCAACGAAUUUAAUAUCUUCAACCACAUUACCAUCAAAAAAGAGACCAAGAGCUUUAGAAGAAACUGAUGAAUCAAAUUUCAAUAAGGAUUAUGAAGCCUCUAUUUCUAAUCCUGUUAAAAAACCUAUUAUGAUAACAACAUCAACGUCAGAGGAAAAUGAGAAACAUGGGUGUCAAUCUGAAUCAAAAUUUACCGAUUUAGUGGGUAAUAAUGGUAGAAGAGAAAAGGUAAUAAAUAUGAGUGUAAUGGAAAAGAAUUCAGAGAGUCAUGGAAAACGGGGGAAGGUAUUAAAUAUGAGUACAAGGGAAAGGUAUACACUUGUUUCUUGGCUGAUAAAUAAUCAAGUUUUGAUUCCGAAUACUAAAGUGUCUUGUCGUGGUAGAAAUAAUAUUGUUAAAAGAGGGAGUUUAUCUUUUGAUGGUAUAGUUUGCGAUUGUUGUCAAGUUAUUUUCACUAUCACAAAAUUUGAGGCUCAUGCUGGUUGUACAAGACAUAGACCAUCCACAAGUAUCAUGUUGGAUGAUGGAAGGUCAUUUUUAGAAUGUCAAAGGGAUGCUCUGAGUUUGCGUGAUCAAAAGAAGGAUCGUUUUGUUGUCGAAGAAAAUGUUAAACAAGAAAAUGACAGUGUUUGUUCUAUUUGUGGUCUUGGAGGUAACAUAAUUUUAUGUGAUCGAUGUCCAUCUUCAUUCCAUAUUUAUUGUUUAAAUCUCGAUCAAGUUCCGGAUGGUGACUGGUUUUGUCCAAGUUGUUGUUGUAAAAUAUGUCAUCAACCCAAAUCCAAACAAGAAUGCUAUGAUCUGAAUGAUAAUAAUAUUCUUGUUUGUGUUCAAUGUGAGCAAAAUUAUCACUUUGGAUGUGUAAAUAAUGAAGGCAUUGGAUUAUGGAAGAUGGAUAGAAAUGCUAAAAACAAGAAUUGGUUUUGCAGUGUAGUUUGUGGAAACAUAUUUUUAAAUUUAAAUAAGUUGCUAGGAAAAUCAAUUAAGGUUGCAGAUAAUCUAACUUGGACGUUGAUGAAAAACACAAGUAUUGUUGUAGAUGAUGAUGAAGGAGAUAAUGAUAAAGAGUUUAUCUCUAAAGAGUUUAGUCAAAAGGAGAGUAAGUUAAAUGCGGCUCUUGGUGUAUUAUAUGAGAGUUUUGAUCCAACUAUUGAUGCUUCAUCAGGAAGAGAGUUGAUUAAAGAUGUAGUUUUUAGUAGAGGCUCAAAACAAAGGCGCUUAAACUUUCGUGGUUUCUGUAAUGUGAUUUUAGAGAAAAAAGGCGAGGUGAUUUCAGUGGCAACUAUAAGGAUUCAUGGUCAAAAGGUUGCAGAGAUAGUCUUCGUGGCAACCAAGGAACAAUAUCGAGGACAUGGAAUGUGUCGUAUGUUGAUGAAUGAGCUUGAGGAACAAUUGUCUCGCUUAGAAGUUGAGAGCUUGAUUUUGCAUUCCUCCGAGGAAGCAAUAAACACUUGGACAAAAUCAUUUGGUUUUGUUACGAUAACUGGCGAAGAUAAGCGUCGAUUUAUUAAUCAUACUUUUUUAGAAUUUCAGAACACUAUCAUGUGCCUUAAAUAUCUCAAAUGA